GUGCUGCGGCGCGCUCCUACGUGUGUGUGACACGUGAGUGUGCGCUGGCGUUAGUUGCGGCAGCAAAUAGUGUUUGCUUAGUUGUUUGUAGCAAGCUGAUUUUGGUCUGCCUUUUCCACUUUGCCGCUGUGCUGGCGCUCAGGCGGCGCUCACCAGCCAGCAGCCAAGAGCCGAGGGCCAACAUGCCCCAACCCCAGCAGACGCAUCAUUCGCCAGUUGAACGUGAACGUGUGAGGUGGCACGCCAAUCGGUUCGGUUGCUUAGCAGACGCAAAAAGUGUUUGUUUGUUUGUUUGUCGCCUUGUUGUUAUUUUAUUUGCCGACACUGUGCUUGUGCGGUUAUGCGUGAGUGUGAGCGCCGAAGUGUUUGCUGGUGUUAAUGUUUAGCGUUUUCUUUUUUUUUUUUUAAAUCUUUUUACACGUGAGAGCGCCGAUUGUGCGGCUAUAGAGUGCGAGUAAACAAGCAAAAUGUAAACAAAAGCAAAAACAACACAUAAGGUGGUAGGGCAAAAGUUUUGCGGCUACUAAUUCGAUCGGUGCAUACACACAAGCUGAGUAGUGCAAAAUUUCUUGCGCUCGCUAAACUCUCUCAAGCGCUCUCUACCGCUAGCGGUCAAGCGCUACAUUGCAUUCGUAUUGUUGCCAGCGUCAUUUUUGCACUCUAAGCUGCCGUUGACGCGCGCGUCCCCCUCUUUUGUUGUGGAUUUAUUGUGAAAACUGAGUCGCUGGGUCGAUAUGUCGAUCGGCGCUGGAAGUAUGCAAUGAAGUCUGACAAAAGCAUCUGCUCAAUUAAAUGCGAUAAAAAAUAAAAUACGAACAUUAUACAAGUGAGCCGGUAAGCACAAACUAAAGUAAUAACAACAACAAAGCGCAGCAACAACCACCAAAUCGAAAUAGAAAAGUUUAGCGCUCGAGCGUUGCAAAAGCACGAAAGCCUAAGCAGCUGCAGUGGUGUCGAUACGAAACGAAAUUUGUUAUAACAACAACAAUAGCAGCAACAACAAGCGCGACGCUUGUAAAGCGCAUCAUUUGAAUGCGCUGCCUUAGCUGCUCGUUGCUUAGCGAAUUUUGCACAACGCUUUAGUUGUUGUGUGUGUGUGUGCGUGCAUGUGACUGCUGGAAGCUGCGCCGCUCAAGUGCCGUGUUCGCCGCGGCCGUCAGUGGGCCAGCGCUAAGUUGCGAGUUGCUUUAGUAACGCCAACAUUCGGUGUAGUCUGGCGUUGUGCGCGAAAUUGUGAGGUCGUCGCCGUUGUCGUUGUCGUCAUCGUCUUCGUUCAUAUUUUUGGUGUGCGUGCGAAAUUAUUUUGUAGUGAAUUUUCGAAAACACAACAAAACAGGGAUUGUAGUGCAAUUAAACCGUGGCUUAGACCAAAAAUAGUGUGUUGAUUGGAAAAUUGAAUAUAAUGUAGUAUUUACAUUUAAGGCAGUGGUUUUAGACAAGUUAACAGUGAAGCAUUUAAAAUACUAGAAAAAAGUCCUUUAAAGUGUUUGGACGUUUAAAAACGUGAAAAUUUACGAAAAUCUCAUACAACGCUUAAAAGUAACUGCAUUAAAAAUAAGUUUAUCAAAAUUUUUUAAGUCUAAAUUAACAUCUCGAUUUUGUGUUGAUGCUUACCUCUGCAGUGUAAAGCUUUGUAAUGAUAAUUAUUUCAUUUGUAUGUAGAGAGAAGUGUCUAAAUCAAUUACUGUGAAAUUUCAAAGUGAAUUUCGAUGUGCUUCCUUGCAACCGCACAUUUAAAACGGUAUAAUGAUUUCUAUUGCAGGGAUCCGUUGAAGAGACAAAAACCGGCGUGAACGUCGUCUCUCUUAUGUGAUAAUUUGCAAGUCUGCUGUUGAUGUUUUGUGAGAUCCCCACUAACUAUCACUUUUCGAGUGUGUGUGUAUGCAUUUUCUAACAAUUAAAUGUCGAAAAAACAACAUAUUUUCAAUCAAAUUACUUGAAUAAUUAAUAUGAGCAAUAUUUGGGUAGAAAAUUCAAACUAAUUAAUUGAUUAAACAAUGAAAAGCGCAAAUUGAACGCGUUAAUAAAUUUGAAAAUGUGUGUAAAAAUAAAAUAAAAUACUAAAAAUUGUUUAAAUAUAAGAAUACUGCUAAAAAUAUAUCAGCAAACGCAAACGCUGAAUGUUUCUUAAAAAAAAAAAAAUAUGUAGAAAAUAUUUCCUAUUCAAUUUUACUGCGCCAAAAAAGGCAUAUAAAACAAAUAAAAAAGUAACUAAAAAUUUAUUGGUGUAAAAAAGCUAAAACUAAUUACUUUGCGUAGUGUUUAAAAGAAAAUUAUGCGAGAAAAAUGUAAUGAUUUGAAGGCGUAUUUGUGUACCAACUGCACUGCUACAGCGGUAAAAUUUAUAAGAUAAAAACAAAAAUGUACAAAUUGUGGUAUGCUUGAGAGCUCACACUUAUGUGCAUUAAAGCAAAGGACAUGAAGGAUAUCCACCGAAGCUUAUACUAGCUCGUGUUGCUUUUAUAGCAAACACUAGUAGUAAAUACAAAGGAGAGGUUGUAAGACUCAAUGGCAGGUGACAAAAGUUACAACUUAGUGUGAUAAUCACGUGCGUGCAAUUGUGUAAUGUUCUAAAUAAUUUGGAAGCAAAAUACAUGUGCUAAACAAAAACAAUAGCAAUUGCAAGGACAUCAACAAAAAGGGGAUCCAAAAACUAACACAAACACAAAAAGAAAAGAGAUGAUAUAGAAAUAACACAAUGUAAUUCAAAGCAAGACUCAACUGUAGCACAAAGGCGUUCAAAAAAUAUUUUCACUGCACUAACGGCAUAAUUGAAUGUAAGCAACCCCGCCAGUUAGCAAAGCAACAAGAUUCAUAUACAGCGGUCUGCCGGCCUGCCUCUCUGCUUUUUGCAUUGUGUGGCUACUCAGCACAUUGUUGUAGUGCUCAGCACUCACAUACCCACUCGCUCACCAAUCAAGCCAGCGAAGCCAACGAACAAGCAAGCAAAAUCAUUCAGUUAACCAACUAACUGACUGCCUUUUGGCAUUUGUUGCUGUUGUUGCAUUUUUUUAUUUGGACGUCGCCGCCGUCGCAGUCAACGAUUUUACAACAAAACGCAACUAAAUACAUACAUACAUACAUACACAAAUGUCGUUGGUUGAAUGUGUCGAUGACGAUGACGCCCGAACGCUCGGAUUGACUGACUGAGUCACAGCGGCAGUUCAUGCCUUCAUUGUUUAUAGCGGAGUGUUGCUUACAAGCGCGCUGUUGUUGUUGCUGUGAAUUUUGUUUGGAGCACAAACACACACACACACACACACAUAGGCGCGCGCACAAGCAGAGACAUACAACGAACUGUGUGGAGCUUCGCAUGUGGCUAGCGCUGACGUUGGCCGGCAGUUGCAUUCGACGCGCCAACGGAACGGGUCGCGUCUACAGUCUACGUGAGUCUGGCACGACGAGUGUUCGCGAGCACGCGUGUUGUUAAGGUCGUCAGCGCAAAUUUUUCCGCUUAGCAAUACAUCGGCAGCCACAAACACACACACAUAUAUAUAUGUGUGUUUGCGUGUGUAUGUAGCUACGUCGAUUGCCGUUUGUCGUCAGCAGCAGCGUUGUCAACGCCGUCAUUACCAUUGUUUGUGUAUAAGUGCUUUUGGGCUGUAGAUCAUGCCAAAUACGGGCCGGCAGUUGACAGGCUAGCACAGUGUGAAUUAGAAUAGAACCAAGUGACAACGAGUGCUGCUACUUUGGUUUGGCAAGAAUUGAGCGUGUAAAUAAUUUUCCAAGUGCAUGCAAAGCAAAAGCCGCAAAAAAUGCAUAGAAGAGUGAAAACUAAACAAAAUGUGAUUUUCGUAAGGAUUUCGAAGUGCCCACGAGAAAUAAUAAAAAAGUUAAUUUUUAAGUGAAAAGCGUAUAAAGCAAAUUCAGGCAAGCAAGUGCACUCAAGUUAUCAACAAAAGUAAAGUGUAGUGCGUGCAACAUUCCAGUAGCAAAGCAAAAGAACAAACAAAGCAGAGCAGAAAAAAAUUUAAAUAAAAUAAAAUAAAAACAAAAUCGCGUUCACUGUGUGCGUGCAUGUGUUAGUGUGCGAUCAUUUCAUUGUGCUGUGCGCAGGCGUGCACGCCCUACCCUUACGGCAGCUGCUCCCAGUAAGCAACAACAAGAACUACAACAAAACAAUAAAAGCAAAUUAAAGUGUUGUUGUUGUGUGUUUCCUCCUCGUAGUUAUCGAAUUCAGUUUUAUUUGUUUAUUUUUUUGGUGUUUGUUGUUUUUGUGAUUGUUUUGCGCGCGCGCUCAAAUCGCUUUGUUACCUAGCGAAAUGACUGAUUCCAUAAAAUUAUCCGAAAUGCAACGCAGCAGUAUCGAAUUCGAACGUCAACGACACUUGGCCAACUGGUUUAUCAAGAGUAGCCCGCACAUGGCAACACCAACGAGUGUCGCCGGCGUUGCAACAACAGCAACAACAACGGCAACAGCAGCUGGUGCAACAACAGAUAGCACGACAGCUACGACCACUGCGAGCGCAGUAGCAGCAACAACAACAAUAAAAAACACAGCGUCGUCAACAACCAAUCUAGUAGGUGGCAACCAUACAAAUGGCAUGUCGUCGUCGUCAGCCGCCGCACAUCAUCAACAACAGCAAUUGAAUGCUAAGCAUCACAGCAGUUGUGGUGGCGGCAGCAACGUUAAUCCACCGCCUCCUGUCUUUUUCUUAGUCUCCAACAAUGGCAACACAAACGGCAAUCUUGUCAAUGGCAGCAAACACAGCAGCAAUGCGUCACCAGCUGCUACAGGUGUUGCUACGCCGCCCAAUGCGAUAAGUGCUGUCUCCGGCGGUCCGUUAGGCCAUUUCGCGGCGGUCGAGGGACGCAAACCGAAAUUGCGACGCUUCAACUCGCACGACACCAGCGCAAAUAUGUUUUCCGUGGCGGAUUUCGAAAAUGCGCGUCUAGCGCGACGCAAUGAAAUCGAAAUGAAACAGCGCUUGGCACGACGCAUGCGCAUGAGUGCCGGCGGUGGUUAUGGCUCUGCGGCCGGUGUUGGCAUGAGCGCGAAUCUGGCCGGUGGCAGUGGUUGCGGACUGGGAGCUAAUGGCAAUGGCAGCGGUGCGGGCAACUGUGGCAAUGGCAGCAUGUGUGGUGGCGGCGAUUACUCCACCGGCGAUAGCAAAGCAUCCAAGUAUAGCAAUGAGUCCCAGCACGAGCCGCUACCUGCGGACAUCUUUCUCGAUCGCUAUUCGUUGCCGCGCGUAGUGCGUAUCUCGUAUAAGACGAAGUUCUCGGACGAAACGCUGCAGUCGUCUUCAUCGAAUGGCUCGUCCACGGCUACAACACAUACCACCGGCACCAGCGCCUCGAACUCGUCGGUGAGCGCUUGUGGCAUGACGGUGGCCAUUAACACCGGUACCUCGUCAUCGACGGCCUCCUCAAGCGGCAAUGUGAAUGCGCACAGCUCGGGUGCUACGAAUACGAGCAGCAGCGGUGAAAGAGUGACCGCCAAGCACUCCACCUCGCAUAAUACAACAGCUGCUGCAGCAACUGCAGCGUCAGCAUCUCAGUCAAAUACAGCAAUUAACGGUAACGGCAAUGCCGAUGCGAAUAGUCGUGAUCAUGCCGAUCACGGAGAGUUGUUCUUGCUUUAUCGGCUAAUACGCCUGCGUCACAUAUUUCACGGGCAUAAUGCCAAAACGGCGGCGGCGAGCCGCAAGAAAGGUGUGCUGAUUCCGCAAGAGUUUCCAGGCUACUUUUCGCUGCUCAAUGACAAGGGUAUACCUACAGCCACGCUCUACACCUCACUGAUACAGCUGGUGCGCGAACGUGUGUACAAAUUCGUCUCAGUGGACAAUAUGCCCGCCUUCACGGAAUCCCAACCCAACGUAAAUAACCUACCCACAGAGGGUUGCAUACCAAUAUAUACCCAACCACCGCCACCACCGACCAACAAUCGCCCACAGUAUGUGAAGACGACAGCGCGAGGUGGUCAAGUCUUUCGACUGCUUGCCGUUUUCGAAGAUGGCAAACAAGAUCACACGACAAUCGGUUGUACCGGUGGUGUUACAACAAAAGCGAAUAACAAUCAUGGGCGUGAGAAGGAAAAAGGACGCUAUGCACAAUUGCUGAAUGAGAAUCGGCAGGUGUUGUAUGUGUCGCUCUCCACGAAGGGAAAAUUUUACGAGAUCGAACCGGGUAUACCACAAAUACUGCAGAAAUUGGGUGGUAUCGGCAAUGAAGCGAAUAAAAAAGUGAAUCCGGAUUGUGUGCAUCGCAUUACGGCGCUGAUAACGCCACAACGAGAGUUACCGUUAACACUACGUUACAUCUCCGGACCGCAUGGCUGUACUAGCGCGAUACCCGAGAAUGUUUGCAUUACGCACAUAACUACUGAGAAUGUGGUGAUCGCCUGUCCCAUCGAGGAUGUGGAAGUGCAAAGUCCACUGCAUUUACGCAAGCUACAUCUAUCCAAAGAGAUGAAUUUGUUGAAGAGCUCACUCGGUUUCGAGAGCGAACAACGCAUGCUGGCAAAUCCCAAUGUGCAAAAUAUAUUGAAGUUUUGUCAAUUCAAUUGUGAUCAAUUUCUUAAGAUGGUUGAGGUGGAAAUAUUGCACCGUCCAGAGCGCUCUGGUUCGAAGAGUCGUGGUGAAGGUUUGAAGAUAUUGAAACCACUACAUCUACCAAAGCUGCUGCGACGUGAAAAGACCACAAUACCAGCGCAUGAGAAGGAAGACUCUAUAAUCUUUCUCAGCAAAUCGGAUCUCGCUAAUUUGGAGGCAAAGGAAGCAGCUGCACAAGCAGCUUUUGAAAAUGCAGCUAGCAGUACCAACCGCAUUAGUGAUAAGAUGAAAGUUUUUCAAUCGACUAAGAAGAAAUGGUUCCGCAAACAGGACAAACACGCAGCGCAUACAAUGACCUCCUACGAACUGGAUGUGCAGGCGAAACGCAUGAGCAUGGAACGCUAUUCGGAUAUGUCGAAGCUGUUGCAGGAGCGUUUCGGCGAUAAACCAAAUACGCAGCUACAAGACGCGAAUGAAUCAAUUUCGGAACCGAGUGGCGGCGCAUCGGAUAUUGGUUGUUCGGACACGGAGACUACAACCUUGGCGACUAUCGAUGAAAAAUUCAAGAAAGUCGAAACUAGCGGCAACAAAAUGAUAAAAAAAUCCAUGUCGCUGCAGGAUAUUGAGCUUAUUAGCGGCGGUGCUGCUGCACGCAAACCUGAUCUGCUACCAAACACUGAUACCAUCUCAGAGGCGGGCACCGAUCUUGAAGAUCUCGAAAAUCAGGAUCUCAUGCCACAGUCUUUUAUAACUGAAAAGCUUUAUAAUGAGUUCCACGUCAAAACGCGGCAGUACAGCAAAUCAUCAUCGAGCCUCCAUCAACUCUUAAAUUUUUCAUUGCCACAGAAAAUGCAGUUACACGAUAACAAGCGCUCGCUGGCGCAACUGAAGCACAAUGGCAACAAUGGCGUCCUAGCAGCAAAACCGUCAUUAGGUGACAAACGACUUGAUUUCAAUAUCGGCGAACCCGUAACUGGCAGACGUGCUGCUGGUGGGCUUUCAUUGCUUGCUGGCAUUGGCGGUCUGGGUCAUUCAAGCAAUCACACUGCGCUUGCCUCACCGCUAACACCGACCAGCCUAAUUGACGAUCUGCCCUACUCGAGCGUGCGAGAUUCAUUGGUGCUCUCCAGUGACGAAUCGGCAUCGGAAAAUCCAACGGGUAAUAUUUGUCAGGCGCUCAACAUGAUCGACUACAAUAAAGAGAAUAUCUAUGCGGAAAUAUGCCAUGACAAUGUUAGCCACAAUGCAGCAGCAACAGCUGGCACCACAGUCUCGGCUAUGGGCGGCAUUUGUACAUCGGCCACGCGUGACACGUUUUCGGCUGAAACACACUCCACGCAGAUCUCGGACGAUUAUGGUGACUACGCAUCGCUAACAUACACCACAAUCGCACAACCGUUUAACGGUAGUGCGCGCAGCGCGAGCAUUGCCAGCGCUCUCAGCAAGUCGACGAGCGGUCAAACUGUAGUCAGCGCAGCAGCGCCACCAGCAGGACUGGCGAUCAGUCGCGUACAAAUCAAUUGCAGCUCCGUCAGUCCGGUGAGCUAUCACACGGUAUAUUUGGGCGAUGAGCCGCUGCACAACGACAAACAGCGCGAACGUGCGGCAAGGCGUGGCAAAGUGGGCAACAAGAGCCGCGCGCAUGUCACCACAGUGGCGCUGGAAGGCAACUCGGCAACGGCGAAUGAUAUGCACAACAACAGCAACAGUAAUGGCGGUAGUAUUGGCGCUACAGCUGCGAGCAUUGCAAACGAACUGGAGGAGGUGGCUGACAAUAUUUACAAUACACUGAAAUGAUGACUAAUGUGAUUUAGUUGGAAAUUGGGUGCAUCGGUUUUGAGCAUGAUAAGUAACGGCAAGGGGUUCUAUUGAGCCAGCGCGGCGUUGUCAACACACUUGCUCAGCAGAAAUUGUAACUGAGUGCGUGAGAACUAGUGAUUAAAUCUAAUUUAAUAUUAAACUACGAUUCGAACUGCUCGAAAGAGGAAACAGAUAUGUGAUGUUUAGGGUUUUCUAAGCGAUAUUGAUAAAGGUGCGUUUCGAAGGUACUUUUUUUUUUUAAAUAUUGAAGAUACUUAUUAAGAUGGCUUUAGCUUAGUGUGGAUGGCGAGGGAUUUUGUAUUUAAUUAAGUGUAAUAGAUAUAUAAAUAUAUAUAUCAAAAAAAUAUAGUUUUAACCACCAUUAACUCAAAGACAUUCAAAAGUUCGACACUUAGUUACAUUAGUCAACAAAUUUAUAUCCAGAAAGCUUGUGGGAGUGAUUUCGUAUAAAAUUCGGAAAAGGUGCUAAUAACUGUGUUGAGAGUGAAUCGAACAGAUAAAUGUGCUAUAGUCAAGAAUAAUUCUUAGUUAAAAGGGUGAGAGAUUCAGUAAAUUUUAAUGACUUUUGGAUAAAAAAAAGUUCUUGCAGGUUUUCAAAUUCAAUAUGUUCCAUUUGUUAUAAUAGUUCAUUACUGGAAAAACUUCCUCUCUUUAGAACUAUUUGAUCAGUAUAAAACUAUGCAUGUCUUGAAGUCGAAAAGCUCAAAUGGUAGUUUACGUGUGAGACAGAUUUUUCGCGAAUAUCGCUCACGAAGUUUUCUGGAUUGUUUUGCCUCUCAUUUUUCUCAUGAAAACAUAAUAUAAAUAAAAUCUUCAUUAUUUACAAUAACAACAAAAGAUUUACAGUAAAUACACAAACAAAUCCAUGGGUAAUUUAGACGAAAAUCAAAAUGUGUCGCGCAAAUUAGUAUUAACAAAAAAUUCAAUACAAAUUUAAUGAAAUAGUAUUAAGCUUUCUGCUGUAAAAGCAACAAAAUGCAUUUAAACAAAACACCUAAAUUAAAAAGCAUUAAUAAAUAUAAGUAACUGUGAAAUUAGAAGUACAUAGGCAAUCAUACAAAUAGCAAAUCGGUAAAGUAAAUUGUAUACAGCGUAAAAUUUAGUCAAUAACCCUGCGAUUAACUAUGGAUUAAUUGACUAAUCUAAGAUCAACUGCAUAUUAAUUGGCUAAUCUAAGAUUAAUUUUAGAUUAAUCGACUUACCUAAGAUCAAUUUCAGAUUAAUUGACUUAUCUAAGAUUAACUUCAGAUUGGCUGACUAAUCUAAGAUUAAUUUUAGAUUAAUCGACUAAUCACAGAUUUACUUCAGAUUAAACGACUAACUCUAAUUAAAAGGGUUAGUCAAAAAUUCUCCGUUAAAGUUAAAAGCCGCAUAGUUUAUCACUACCACAAUUAAUCGAUUAUUCGCUAUUCAAAUACACUCGUCUACACAAAAGCAUUAAACUACAAUAUUCUUUUAAAAUAAAUUACAGGGCUAUAUUUACUUUAAGAAAAAAAAAACCGCUACCACAAUCAAGAUCACCUAAUGACCAUUGUAAAUACAAAAACAUACUAAUUUGUAGCUGAGCAAAUAUACAUACCUAGAUAUUCAUACAAACAUCAUUGUCGACAUGAAUCACAAAUCAUCAAGCACUUAAUCAAGCCAUCAAUACAGGUGUGUCACAAAUAAAACAUACAAAAAUUCUGCCAGAAGUCUUAAAGUACAGAAUAUAUAUACAUAUAUAAAUAUUUCACAAUCAAAAUUAAAUAAAAUAUCAGCUGUCCUGCAGUGAAUUCAAAUUUGACUCAAAACUCAAGAAAUCUAAAAAAGCUGAAAUUUGUUUGUGUAAGGUAAGUGUAUUUUUGUUUUUGCAACAAAAUUAUUCACGAAAAAUAUUAUUAUAUAGCUCAUAUUUGAGAUUAAAAAAAAAUUUAUGAAAUUUAAUAAUCUCUCAAAAGAAUGGGUGGAGCUUUUGAAGCUUCCAUACCGCUCACCGCUCAUAUUUCGAACUUUUCGAAAUAUUACCUAACACCUGAAAUAUGACAUUUUGAGAAAGCUUGCAGUCUCAAUAGGUGGAAAAAAAAGUUUCCAACUUUCAAAGCUUAAAUCACAUAUGAAAUUGUUUGAAAUAAAUGUGUAACAUUUGUCCCAAACAUAUACAUAUAUACACAUAUACAUAUAUACAUAUACAUGUGUGCAUAAAAUAUAAAUUUCAGUGAAAGCUUGCCGUCCCUAUAAAUAACAAUAAACCGGCGAGUUUCGCAAAGCUUAAAUCACACUUGAAAGCUCUGAAUAUGACAAAAAAACUAUUAUACACUGUAGCAACAAGUUGCGAGAGUAUAAUUAUAGGGCAUAUAUUUCUUGCUAAAAUGUACGUGAUUACUAAAAUUUUUCGUCAAAUAUUUUAGUUUUAUAAAAACUUUCUAAAAUCGCAUAACUUUUGGUGUCUUAAAACAACCGCAGUUAUUUAAGUUAAGAAAGUUGAAACUUAAUUAUGCUCACAAACUCAGCAUAAAGCUUAAAGAGUUGAGGGAAGCUCUAGAGUUUUUAAGCAUAAAGCUUAUUGAAAUAAUUAUUUCAAUGUUUAAAUGGCUCUGAAUAAGUCAAUUUUUGAUUUUUAGUGAAGUGAAUGCAAUUUCAAAAUGUAAAAUAAUAUAAUUCAAAACCUACAACAAAGGAAAUUUCACACCCAAAUCAUACACAGCAUAAGUACACUUGCAGGGCAGUGAGUAUUAUUAAUAUCAUAUCGCACCACUCACAUAAGCAUCAUUAUCGGUCGUGGAAAUCAGUAAUGCCGCGGCACUGCAAAUACUACUGUUUGAAUACUGUAAUUACCAAAUAAAUAUCAAUAGCCAUCUCAGAGCACACAUACGUACUUGUAUAACUGUACAUGCCAUUUCACAAAUACACAAGCACAGUUUAGCAGAAGUUAGAUGUUAUUGAUAGCCCUUCAACCCGACUCAGCAAUCAGCACACAAGUCAAAGUCAUUGAAAUAUCACAAACAAAUAAAAAAUAAAAUAAAAUAAUAUUAAUUGUGGAGAAUUCAAUACGAGUUUUGAAAUCGAAUAUAUGCGAUUGCAAAUUAUAAAUAUGUAAAUACUAUUAAAUUUCGAACCAAAAGCGAUAAGCAAUGAAUUUAAAAUAUUUUCAACUAGAUAUUCGAACUCCAAUAUCUACAACAAUAAAAUAAAAUUAAAUUAUUGAUAUAUGAAUAUUGCUUAUAUAUAGCAUUUUAAGGAAAUUUAAGUAUUCGCUACAACAACAAAUCGGCUAUACGACGUCUGUAGCGUGUGUAAAGUAUUAAAUUAGCGUAAAAGCAUUAAUUUGUAAUUUUAAUUGUAAAUAUUACAACAAUAAAUAACAAGUAAGUUUCAAAAACUAAAAACAAUAAAUUUAAAUAUGUACAGCGGCGGUGCAGCAACACAUAUGUAGUAAAUAAAAAUAAUUAAAUUACAUUUAAAAAUAAUUAUAUACCCAAGCAUGCACUUUUAAGAUUUUUUAAAAGGAUUUUACUUUUCUAGUGUAUGAUUUUGUAAAUUACGUCAACGGCCGACGAAGAAUAGUAGAAAUGACAACUCAAAUGUAAUAUUAAAAAAAUUAUAUAAAUGCAAUAUAUGAGAAAAGAAAAAAAAAUUACGAAAAUAUCGAAAAUUUUAACUUAUUUGCUUAUAAUUGAAAAAAUUUUAUAUAUUUCAAAUAAACAAAAUUUUAUAUUUUUGCUGUAAAUAAUUGCUGUCAAAUUAAAAAAAAAAAAGAUUGCAAUAAAACAUUUUUUUUUUUUUGGUUUUAUAAUUUAAUAACAAACUAAUAUUGUGUAAUUAUGCAUUAUUACUAUUAAAUACUUUUUGACAAAAAAAAAAUUUAUUUAUAAGCAAACACACAAAAAAGUCAUUUUAGUUUGUAUUACCAUAAACAAAAAAUUAUUUAUAACUUCAAAACUUUUUGUAAAUUUAUUAAUUAUUAGAAAUAGUGAUUUUAAGAGAAUGCAAUUUCAUUUAAAAAACAAAAACAGUUUAAGACAAUUUUCGUUUCUUACAAAAAAACUCUUGGUAUACGAUUUUUGGUCUCAAUGAAAAAUAAAUUGAUUUUAUUAAUUAAAAUUAAAAAAAUACAAUAUCCAUUUUAUAUAUAGAGAUUUGCAAACACAGCAAAAAUAUAUAUACUUGUAAUGUAUAUGUUUGUAAUGCAAUUAUUUAUAUAUAUAUAUAUAUAUAUAUAUAUACUCAAAUAUAAAUAAUUGCAUUACAAAAAUAGCAUACAAUUUUUAAUCUUAUACAUGUUUAUAAACAUAUAUAUAUGCAGCAAAAUCGCUUUUAAUUUUUCUCCACAAAAAACAGUUAUUUGUGCUUUAAGUCAGCAAGAUUUAUCUUUUUCGUUGAAUACAAACGAAUUUGGUUCUAUUUAAUUUUAUGUGUAUUAUUAAUUAUAUAUAUUAUUUGUUCCACUUAAGCAUAGCAGUUAUCAAUAUAAACAUAUGUUUACUUUAAUUUAUAACACAAAAAAGGCAAAAAGUAAAACUUAUAAAUACAAAAUACAUAUACAUUUAUCAAAAAAUUCUAUAAUUUUUGUUUUAUUCACCAAAUUUUAUUUUUUUCCAACCAAUAUUAAAAGAAAAACAAUACAUAUACAUAUAUCUAUAUAAAUAUUUAUUAUAUAUAUUUUUUAAUAUUUAAAGAGUUUUUGCACUCCCACUCAAACUAACAUGCAACUGUUAAGAGCUAACUGUGCUCUUCUUAACUUGAGUUAUUUUGUACUUUUUAGAAUUUCAUUUUUAUUAUUUAUUUACAAGCCACGUUUUGCUUUCCAAAAAAAAAACAAAGCUUAGUGAUUUUCACACCAAAUUAAUAUUAGUUUAAGGUAAAAAAUCUCGGAUACGCACAUUAAUAAUCUAAAAUAUUAUAUAAUUAUGUAAAUAUAUAUAUAUAUAUAUAUAAAUGUCUAUGAGAUACCAGAAUCAUACAUACCCACACAUCUAAGCAUAAAAUAUACACCGGAAAGCGGCUAAACGGAAAUGUAUAGCUGGAGAAAUUACCAAAAAUAUAGAAAGUAGUUUCAAGGCCCGCCAUGCAGCUAAAUUCUAGACUACAGUUGGUGUAGAUGCAAGAAAGCAAAAUUUGAAAGGAGAACGCGGACGCAAGCACAAAUUUCGUGUAAGAGAAAACAUGGAAAAUCAUAUCAAAAGCACCAAGAAUAACAAAAAAUUAAAGGACAUACAACAAUAAAAAACAUGAAUAAUUAACAUAUAAAUUAUGGAUAAAAAGUUUUAAGAGGAACAGUAGGGAUCAUAAAAAAUUAAAUAUAAAAUUCCACAAGACAUCACCUAAAAAUAUAAACGAGUAUUUAUAAAAUUAGAAAACUAAUGCAAUAAGUCAUACGAAAUGUAAGCGAACAAAAAUACAAACAUUUAAUGGCAGCUAUUUUACAUUUUUUCAUAAAAUAAUAAACACAUGCAUACAUACAAAAUUACAUAAUGGUAAAUAAUUGAAACGUGUAAGAGAAAGUGUCUAUAGUUGACGUAAAGUAGACGAGCAAUGUUUUUUAACUCAAAUACUUGCAUGUAUGUAUGUACGAUAGGAAAGUAAUUAGCAGUUUGUAGGUACAUAAAUUUUAGAAAUUCAUUGAAAUACUCAGCAUUAAAUCAUUGUAAAUAUUUAUCGUAAAAUAAUCCUUCCUCUCUGCAAGAGAAAUAACUACGCAAAAGCGAGUAAUUGGGUAAUGCUCUAGUUAGAUGUGCAGAAUGAGUAAUCGGUUGUUCGCAAAAUGUACAUAAAUUAGCAUCUUUUGAUUUAUUUGCUAUUUGACACUUAAAUUAAUACUUAAAUAAUUAAAUGGCAAACUAAAGACCUAAUUAAAAAGCAGAUACAACUGAUAUUUAGGAUAAAAUCGGUCAGUCAUUUACAAGGUGUUGUAAAAUUGAAGGGAGUUUAAAAAUUUUUUUUUAAAUACGGUCACAAAAAACUUAAAUUAAAUUACGACCUUUUAAAAAAGCAUUAGUGAGUAGACCAAUCCCAACAGUGUUAGAUCGCUGAAAUAACAGCUCUUGGCCGGAUAAAAUUCGCGUCAAUUCCAAUUUAAAUAUUGCUGUUUUAAGAAUUGUCAAAGUGAUACCCAAUUCCACAUUAUAUACCAUAUGGUAUAUACUAUAGCUGAUUUGUAAUAUCUGCAGUUAAAAUGCCUCUAUUUUGAAUAACAUCAAACACUCAGCAGUAACAAAUAAAUCGAAUUCCAAUUUUUUAUUUGACACAUUUUAUUUUGAAAGUGACGUCACUCUAGCGUUAUGCAAGGAGACAUGUGAGAAGACAAUGUCAAAAUAUUGUGUCUAUAAACAGAAAUUUAUCGAAAUGACAACUUUUAUCAUUAAAUGUUGCAUAAUUGGGAGCGUGAGCUUAAUUAAACUAAAUAAGAAUGCUUUAAUCGUGAUGUCUCGGCGUCUUAUGCAAGAACCAUUCAAUGACUAAACCACUAUAAAUGUUGGCAUACGAAAAAGCACUCAACACUACAUGCUGUUAAACGUAUUAUAGUAAUCGCAUAUUUUUCCAAUAUUAAGUUUAUGGUUUAAAAA